AAAAGUAUUUGAAAUACUAAAUAAUGCGAUAUUUCGAAUGGGUUGAAUUAAACAGUUAUUCAAAUUUUAGCUAGUGAUAUUUUAUAGUUUUAAAAAUGAUUGAUGUGAAAAAUAAAGUAAAUUCGUUUUUCAUAUUUAACUCUACUUUAGGACCGCAGGAGGGGGAUGAACUAAAACGAAUAUUAUUCUUUCAUCCAAGUCAAGUAUCCCCAGAUGCUCGAAAAAUUCAAGUAGGACUAUGUGAAGCAGUUGUAAAAUUUAUGACGACAUUUUCAUCAGAACCAUGUGAAGCACUACAGACACAGAGCAAGAGAUACAUCUUCUACCAACCAGAGAAAGACUUUUGGAUGGUUCUGGUGGUAAGAAUACCGUAUGCAACUAAAGCUGCAACAACAGGCAAUGAAAAGAAAGAAGUAAUAGAGCCUUCAGUGAUGCAUGACUUUCUUAAGUCGGCGUAUAAAAUGUUUACUAUGUUUAUUGGACCAAUGAAAGACAUUCCAAUAGAAGAUAUUUAUACCAACUGUGAACAAUUCUUCACACCUUACAUUAUGUCAAGAAAUAUUACCAAUGAUCUAGCUAAUGUUAUACAAGGAAUAAACUACUUGCCUCUAGAGAAGAACUCGUUUUUCAAAGUAGUAUGCUUUAUAGAUCUGUUAGAAAUUAAUUACCCAGAAUUUAAGUGUGUCUCCUUUGUCUACAAUGACCAGCUAAUAUGGAAUGGUCUAGCAACAAAUGAUAUGCUCACUUUAUACCAGUAUUUAGUUCAAACAUUGCUACCAAAGCAAGUUGAAAAGGAGAUCCAAGGCGGUGCCGUGACGGCUGCGCAAAGACACGGUCGAUUUAUUAGCCCUCCGGAAGGCAUACGCAAUGCUGACGACCUGCAAAAACUUCACAAAGUAUACCUUAUGCGAGAGGAUGAUUCCGAAGCCAAGCAGUACUAUCUUGUUAUCUAUAGAACACUUAGUGCAACUGUUUGCUUCACUGUUGAUGUGAACACAAACCUCAACAUAGACGUAUUCAGGUCAUUGGACGCAUUCACCGGACCGCAGCUGUCAACAAUAGCAUCGUCUAUAAGUGAACAAUGUGCGCUUCAUGCAAUGCAAAGUGCUCAACUGUCAAACGCGGACCACAGUUUUUUGUACUUCAACAGACUUAACUUGGCUUAUAAAACUUCUUCUCCGGGCACUUCAUUAACACCAUCUACAACAAUAAAACCAGAAGUUUUAAGUAUAAUUGCUGGUAUACACUCUGAUAGAAAAAGCCUUGGAAAUUAUGGCGAAAUUAUAAUCAAAACACCUGAUGAGUAUUGGAUCACCGGAAAAUCUUCUAAUGAUAGAGAAUUUUAUGUAAUCAUUCAAGAAAAAAAUGCUAAUUUGAAAGAUAUUGCAGAUGAAGUUAGAAGAAUAUGUGAGGAUCAGAUGAAAGGCAUCUUCUUCUAUCCCACGUGAAACUAGUAUUCGUAAUCAGCAUAUCAUUGUAUUGUUAAAUCUAUUUAUGUUGUAUAUUUUGAAUAUUUAGAUAAUACAUUUAUAUUUUAUGUCAAAUAAAACUGCUUUUUCAUAGGCAA